CGCUAUAAAAGCGUGCUGGAGGAAAAAAAAACUGUUUUGUCAGACACUGAGACACAGAAGAGCGGAGGACCGAAGAGGAGUUGAUUUAAUUUACAGUUUUAACUUCUUCUGGACAAGGGGUUUCAAUUUAUGACCACGGAUAUAGAGGAUAUUCAGGACGUCCAGAAUAAAGUGAGGGGCUGGAGCGUGCUCAGUGAGGUUGGGAAGACGUCAACAUGGCAGUCUUCACUCAGCUGGGUUUACUGCUUUGGAAGAACUUCACCUAUAGACGGAGACAGACUAUCCAGCUGCUGAUUGAGAUCAUCUGGCCCCUUUUCAUCUUCUUCAUCCUGAUCUCAGUCCGAAUUCAUUAUCCACCGUACGAGCAACAUGAAUGCCAUUUCCCUAACAAGGCCAUGCCCUCUGCGGGUACCCUGCCCUGGGUUCAAGGCAUCAUCUGUAAUGCGAACAACCCCUGCUUCCGUAACCCGACACCAGGAGAGAGUCCCGGUGUGGUGGGAAACUUCAAUGACUCCAUAAUUUCCCGUCUGUUGAUUGAUGCCAAGAAGAUCCUGCUAUACUCUCAGAAUGAUAAAAGCUACGAGGGCUAUAAAGGACUGCUGAGGGCUCUCAGGAAGCUUCAGAAGAACACUGCUCGUUUCAAGCUGAAGGACUUCCUGCGAGACAAUGAGACUCUUUCCCACUUCCUGCACCACAACGCCUCUCUCCCUCGUCACGCGCUGAAGCAGAUUGUGGAGGCUGAUGUCAACCUAGAGAAGGUCCUGACUAAAGGUUUUGGAUUCCAUCUCAGAGAUUUGUGUAACACCACCCCCCUGGAGGAGUUCGUCCAUAUUGCCGACAGAAAUGUGUCUCGUCUAACUCAAGAAAUUAUUUGCAAAUCCUCCAGUGACUGGCUGAACAAAGCACAGAGCCACUUCCUGUCCAACUUGGACUUUCUCAAACCAAUCCGGAAGGAUGUCAGAGCUGACCCCAAAGUUGUUCAAGAUGUCUCAGCUGCUACCGACAAUCUUCUGGAAAGCCUCGGGGCACUGGCUGUGGAGCUUGCCAGUAUGAAGAGUUGGAAGGAUAUGCGUAAGGAGAUUCUGUACCUGACUGCAAACGCCACAGGCUCUCCCAACCAGAUGUACCAGGCUGUGUCACGUAUUGUCUGUGGACACCCAGAGGGGGGAGGCCUCAAAAUCAAGUCCCUCAACUGGUAUGAAGACAACAACUACAAGGCCCUGUUUGGCAAUCAUGGCAAUGACAGUGACAAUGAACCUCUCUCCACUUAUGACAACUCUUCCACUCCAUAUUGUAACAACAUGAUGAGGAGCCUGGAGUCAAGCCCCAUUUCCAGGAUGAUCUGGAGAGCCCUGAAGCCUCUGCUCAUGGGGAAGAUCCUGUACACCCCAGAUACUCCAGCAACACAGAGAAUAAUCCACGAGGUAAACAAGACCUUCCAGGAGCUUGGUGUGCUGAGGGAUCUUGGAGGGAUGUGGGAGGAGAUGAGGCCCAAAAUUUGGAACUUCAUGGAGAACAGCGAGGAAAUGGACUUAGUUAGGACCCUGCUUCAGAACAACGCCAGUGCUGCCUUCUUUAAUGCCCAGCUCAGUGAGACUGAGUGGCAAGUGUCAGAUGUGUCCAAGUUUCUGUCCAAGGUCUCCGAGGACCAAAGACCGGCAGGAUCUGCUUACACUUGGAGAGAAGUCUUUAAUGAAACUGACCACGCCAUACAGACCAUCUCACGUUUCAUGGAGUGUGUGAACCUGGACAAGCUAGAACCAGUAGCCAAUGAGGAGAGGCUGGUCAACAAAUCCAUGGGUCUUUUAGACAACCAGAAGUUUUGGGCUGGAAUCGUGUUCCCUGACAUUGCCCAUAAUAACAGCACUGACCUACCUCCCAAUGUGAACUAUAAGAUCCGCAUGGACAUCGAUAAUGUGGAGAGGACAAACAAGAUUAAGGACGGGUAUUGGGACCCAGGUCCCAGGGCUGACCCCUUUGAGGACCUUAGGUACAUCUGGGGCGGAUUUUCUUACCUGCAGGACGUCAUCGAGCAAGGGAUCAUCAGAGCCAUCACUGGCAGCAAGGAGAGGACAGGCAUCUACAUUCAGCAGAUGCCUUACCCCUGCUAUGUUGACGACAUUUUCCUGCGUGUGAUGAGUCGCUCAAUGCCUCUCUUCAUGACCCUGGCUUGGAUGUACUCAGUAGCCAUCAUCAUUAAGGGCGUGGUGUACGAGAAGGAGGCUCGGUUAAAGGAGACGAUGAGGAUCAUGGGGCUGAACAAUGGCAUCCUGUGGCUCAGCUGGUUCAUCAGUAGUUUAAUCCCACUCCUGAUCAGUGCCGGCUUAUUGGUGAUGUUACUAAAGAUGGGAAACCUGCUGCCUUACAGUGACUCAGGCGUGGUGUUUCUUUUCCUGGGAUCCUUCGGUGUUGUCACCAUCAUGCAGUGUUUCCUUAUCAGCACCCUGUUCUCUCGUGCAAACCUGGCAGCUGCCUGUGGUGGAAUCAUAUACUUCACUCUCUACCUGCCGUAUGUGCUCUGUGUCGCCUGGCAGGACUAUGUGGGCUUCGGAGCAAAAGUUGUUGUGAGCCUGCUGUCUCCUGUGGCUUUUGGUUUCGGCUGUGAGUACUUUGCCCUGUUUGAGGAGCAGGGGGUGGGAAUUCAGUGGUCCAAUCUGCUGGCAAGUCCUCUGGAGGAAGACAGCUACAACCUGACCACCUCUAUCUGCCUCAUGCUGUUUGAUGCCGUGCUGUAUGGAAUAAUGACCUGGUACAUCGAAGCAGUGUUUCCUGGUCAGUAUGGGAUCCCCAGGCCUUGGUAUUUCCCUUUCACAAGGACGUACUGGUGUGGAGAGAAAGAGAACCAGAACCUCUCCACCCCUCUGUCGAAGAAGGGCAAUGCUGAAGCUGUCUGUAUCGAAGAAGAACCGGGCCACAUCGACCCAGGUGUUUACAUAGAAAACUUGGUGAAGGUCUACAGUCACGGAAACAAACUUGCUGUGGACGGACUGACCCUUAGGUUCUAUAACGGACAGAUUACCUCCUUUCUCGGCCACAAUGGAGCUGGCAAGACAACAACCAUGUCAAUCCUGACGGGGUUGUUCCCACCCACCUCUGGUACUGCCUACAUCCUUGGCAAAGACAUCCGCACCGAACUCAGCACCAUACGGCAGAAUCUGGGCGUCUGUCCUCAGCACAACGUACUUUUCAGCAUGCUGACAGUUGAGGAACACAUUUGGUUCUACGCUCGUCUGAAGGGGCUGCCAGAGGAGAAGGUGAAGGCUGAGAUGGAACAAAUUGUGAAUGAUGUUGGUCUUCCACACAAGCGUCAGUCCCGCACAAGCACACUGUCUGGAGGGAUGCAGAGGAAGCUGUCUGUAGCUCUGGCUUUUGUCGGAGGCUCAAAGGUUGUGAUUUUGGAUGAACCGACUGCUGGGGUUGAUCCUUAUGCACGCCGGGGCAUCUGGGAUCUUCUGCUUAAAUACAGACAAGGCCGCACCAUCAUCCUCUCCACUCAUCACAUGGACGAAGCUGACAUCCUGGGUGACCGAAUUGCCAUCAUUUCCCACGGCAAGCUCUGUUGUGUCGGCUCCUCACUCUUCCUUAAGACUCAGCUGGGCACGGGCUACUACCUGACCCUGGUGAAGAGAGACUACGACCUGACGCUUCAGUCCUGCAGGAACUCUGCUAGCACUGUUUCUUACUGCAAGAAGAAUGAAAAGGAGGACAGUGUUUCAGAGAGCAGCUCAGAUGCUGGUCUGGGUAGUGAGCCUGAGAGUGAAACCACCACUAUUGAUGUGUCCCUCAUCUCAAACGUGAUAUUCAAGCAUGUCUCUGAAGCUCGCCUUGUUGAGGACCUUGGCCAUGAGCUCACGUACGUCUUACCAUAUCAGUCAGCUAAAGAUGGAGCCUUUGUGGAGCUGUUUCACGAGCUGGAUGACCGCCUCACUGACCUGGGAAUAUCUAGCUAUGGAAUAUCUGAUACCACCCUUGAGGAGAUUUUCCUGAAAGUGGCUGAGGACAGUGGAGUGGAUUCUGUUGAGCUUUCAGAUGGAGUUGUGCCAACCAGGACUCGUCGCCGUCAUGCCUUUGGAGACCACCAGAGCUGCCUGAAGCCCUUCACCGAGGACGACUUUGACUUCAAUGACUCUGAAGGUGACCCAGAAUCUCGUGAAACUGACUGGCUCGGCGGAUCAGACGGCAAAGGUUCAUACCAGGUCAAAGGCUGGAGUCUGAAGAGACAGCAGUUUGUUGCACUCCUCUGGAAACGAUUCCUCUAUGCUCGACGCUCCAGGAAAGGCUUCUUUGCUCAGAUUGUUCUCCCAGCUGUGUUUGUGUGUAUCGCCCUGGUGUUUAGCCUGAUUGUUCCUCCGUUUGGAAAGUACCCAAGUCUGGCUCUGGAUCCUGGCAUGUAUGGGGAACAGUUUACCUUCAUCAGUAAUGACCUUCCUGAAGACCCUCACAUCAACAAACUGCUGGGAGCUUUGACAGAUAAACCAGGAUUUGGAACUCGUUGCAUGGAAGGAGAGCCCAUACCGGACACUUCCUGUACAGCAGUAGAAGAUGAAUGGUCCGUCCCUGAAGUUUCUCAAAGUUUGCAGGAUAUGUUUGACAAAGGGAACUGGUCCAUGGAGAAUCCGUCUCCCCUGUGUGAGUGCAGCUGUGGGGGGCGCAAAAGGAUGCUGCCAGAGUGUCCUGCUGGUGCUGGAGGACUUCCACCGCCACAGAUGAAGAUCAGUGACAAAGACACUCUUCAGAAUUUGACGGGCAGAAACAUCUCAGACUAUCUGGUUAAAACCUACGCUAAGAUCAUUGGCAAGAGCUUGAAGAAUAAGAUCUGGGUCAACGAGUUCAGGUACGGGGGCUUCUCGUUGGGCGCCAGGAGUUCUCAGCUGCUUUCACACACUGAUGAUAUCGAUGUUGCAAUUGCUCAGCUGAGGAGACGCUUCCGUCUAGAGAGAGGAACAGCAGCAGAUCGUUUCUUUCACAGUCUCUCUAGUUUUAUCCAAGGACUGGACACCAAGAACAACGUCAAGAUCUGGUUCAACAACAAGGGCUGGCAUAGCAUCGGUUCUUUCCUCAAUGUGAUGAACAACGGAAUCCUGCGGGCAAGUCUGAAAGGUGGCAAAGACCCAACAAAGUUUGGCAUCACCGCUUACAACCACCCUCUCAACCUGACCAAGGAACAGCUGUCACAAGUAGCACUGAUGACAACAUCAGUGGAUGUUCUGGUUUCCAUCUGCGUGAUCUUUGCCAUGUCUUUUGUUCCGGCUAGUUUUGUUGUUUUCCUCAUCCAGGAGAGAGUCAACAAGGCCAAGCACAUGCAGUUCAUAAGUGGGGUGCAGCCUUUCCUCUACUGGUUGGCCAACUUUGUCUGGGAUAUGUGUAAUUACAUCGUUCCUGCCACGCUGGUUAUCAUCAUCUUUGUGUGCUUCCAACAAGACGCCUACGUCUCCUCCACCAAUCUGCCUGUGCUGGCCUUGCUGCUGCUGCUCUAUGGAUGGUCAAUCACCCCCCUGAUGUACCCGGCCUCGUUCUUCUUUAAGAUCCCCAGCACGGCCUAUGUGGUUUUGACCAGUGUGAACAUACUGAUUGGAAUAAAUGGCAGUGUCUCCACAUUUGUGCUGGAGCUGUUUGGAAGCAACGAAAUUGGUGGCAUCAACGACAUCCUGAAGAACGUAUUCUUGAUCUUUCCUCACUUCUGUUUGGGCAGAGGUCUGAUCGAUAUGGUGAAGAAUCAGGCCAUGGCUGACGCUUUGGAGCGAUUUGGUGAAAACCGUUUCCGCUCCCCUUUGGCCUGGGACAUGGUGGGAAAGAACCUGUUUGCAAUGGCGAUAGAGGGUGUGGUCUUCUUCUGCAUCACUGUCCUCAUUCAGUACCGCUUCUGCAUCAAGGCGAGGUCGUCCACCAGCCAUCUGAAGCCGAUUGGAGAAGAAGACGAAGACGUGGCCAGAGAGCGGCAGAGGAUCCUGAGCGGAGCAGGACAGUCAGACAUCCUGGAGCUCAGACAGCUCACCAAGAUUUACAAGCGAAAACAGAAGCCUGCAGUGGACCGGCUAUGUGUCGGCAUCCCCCCUGGAGAGUGCUUUGGUUUGCUGGGGGUGAACGGUGCAGGGAAAACCAGCACCUUUAAGAUGCUGACAGGAGACUCUGUGGUCACCAGCGGCGAGGCCUACCUAGCUGGCAAGAGUGUAAACACAGAGAUAGAUGAAGUGCAUCAGAACAUGGGCUACUGCCCUCAGUUUGAUGCCAUCAACGACCUGCUAACAGGUAGAGAGCACCUGGAGUUUUACGCCAUCCUGAGAGGAGUGCCUGAAAAGGAAGUCUGUGAGGUGGCAGAGUGGGGCAUCAGGAAGCUGGGCUUGGUUAAAUAUGUGGACAAGGCUGCGGGCAGCUACAGUGGAGGAAACAUGAGGAAACUGUCCACUGCUAUCGCUCUCAUAGGAGGACCUCCUGUCGUCUUUCUGGAUGAGCCAACCACAGGCAUGGACCCUAAGGCACGCCGGGCCCUGUGGAACGCCAUCCUAAGCAUCAUCAAAGAGGGGCGAUCUGUCGUCCUGACGUCCCACAGCAUGGAGGAGUGUGAAGCACUCUGCACAAGAAUGGCCAUCAUGGUCAACGGCAGGUUCCGCUGUCUUGGCAGUGUGCAACAUCUCAAAAACAGAUUUGGCGAUGGAUACACCAUCAUCCUGCGGGUGGCAGGUCCAGACCCAGACCUGCGGCCGGUGAUGGAGUUCAUUGAGCGAGAGCUUCCUGGCAGCACGCUGAAGGAGAAACACCGCAACAUGCUCCAGUACCAGCUGCCAUCCUCUCUCACUUCCCUCGCCCGAAUCUUCUCCCUGCUCUCCAAGAACAAGGAGGUGCUCAGCAUAGAGGACUACUCCGUCUCUCAGACAACUUUAGACCAAGUGUUUGUAAACUUUGCCAAGGACCAAAGUGAUGAAGACCAUUUGAAAGACGUCCACCUGAACAAGAGGGACGCUGUGGUAGUAGACAUUUCUCAGCUGAACUCUUUCCUAUUGGACGACAAGACCAGGGAGAGCUGCGUCUGACUCCCCUACAUCAGCGGGAGCUGAGAUGCCUCACCCACUUUCCCCCAAGCAUGGAAACCAUGGACCACUAACGUUUGGGGGAGACAGACUGUGUUCAUUUUUUAAAUUCUGUUUUUUAGUCUUUUUAAUUGUUCUCAUUUCUCAGUGGACCUGCACUUUCAGCGCACAGCCUCCUGAAAAGGCAGAGACUGCAGACACUGAAACAAUGAAAACUCAAUGCAAAUCAAUGCAAGAAAUAUGAAUAAAUAUAUUUAAGAUGAGAAAGUAUUCCUGUGAGGGAUGGAGACUGGUGCUCUCCCUUCACUUGAGAAAGAAAGACUUGAACACUUGAAGCAGCAGCAGGAUUGUAAUCCUGUACUUGACUGGAACACUUGUAGCCCUGCUACUCACUCAAUGGACACGACAUCAGGGAUGACUGAAGGAAAUAUCUCAAGUUUUUACCUCCCUGUGGUCCUGAAAGAAGUAGCAGUAGUCAGUGGGACUGUGUUUGUGCUACUCUCAUGACAGCGUCAAACAAAAAAAGCUUUGAUCAUUCACUGCCAACGACUAAAAGGACAGAUUAUUUUUUUAUCAGGGUUGAACCUUUCUUGUUCUUAUUCGUUACCAAGCGCAGUUGUUUUGUAAAGCAAAAACUGGCAAAAAGCAUUUACAAUCCCACAAGCAGAAAUCAUGCAUAUGUUAAUUUCUACUAAUUAGAUUUUUAAACCUAAUUUAAUUCUAAUAGACAAACUUAACCUCUAAGGAUUUUUUUUUAUUUCAACUAAGAUUGAUAACAAGUUAUUUUUUUUUAUUUGUUGUUCUCGGUGUCCUUGACAUUGUCCAGCACAGUGCCUAUACUGUACCAUGGUGAAGAGAGAAAUAUGAGCACUCCGUUCAUAAAACAACAACGAUGUACAUGGGCUGCUUUAAGGAAUGUAUACAUCUGACACCAUCAUGCAUCAAAGCACAAAAAAGGAGUUUUUUGUGAUGAUGAUGAAUGAAACUUGACUGUUGCUUUUUUUAAAAUGUGUCAUUCAUCGUCAAAAACAAACAAAAAAAUCUUGUGGCUGCUUGAUGUCUGUACAUGAUGAUGAAGUCUGCUGUAUCGGCCCGUAUUUUACUCGCCUUGUUUUCUUUAUACGGAGCUGAGGGGUUAUCAGAGCAGAGCCGAGAUGACCAAACUGGCAAGUGCGACUUCAAGAGACAGCUGGAGCUUUCGAAAGUUGGAAAUAUAUACUGCAUGCUUUCCACUUGGCUGCACACCUGGACUAUCAGCGCCUGUGUGUGCAAGAGCAUGCAUCAGAGGACAGAAGAGGACUGAAAUGUGCUUCAUUGGUGUUGGAAAUGUGGGGUCUCGAUCAAAAGUUUGUUGGAAAAAAGGCAAAUACCUGUAUGAAAAUGUGAUUCUAGGAUGAGAGGUGUUGUUCCCACAGCUCCUCUGCUUGUGUGGGAUCUAUAGAUGCUAACUUGUGUUUGUGAGGCAACAUUGGGAGUUUUAUAGACCUGAGCCAGCAUCGGUGUGGAUAUUAUGUACAGUAGUAGCAAUUUUGUGAUGUCAAGUCAGAAAAAAGACGUUACCAGUGGAGUGAACAAAUAUUAUCUGUGCCAAAAGGAGCUGAAUAUAUCAACCAGCAUAACCUGGAGGAGUUUUUUUGUAAAGUUUAGAUUACUGUUUUUUAUUCAUCAACUCGCUCAGACAUCCUCCUCUCUAAACAAAAAGCACAUUUUCAGUUCAAUCCAAGCUCAUCUUUUCGAUUGUUUUUUAAAGCUCUGAUGAAGUUGCCAAAUUCCAAACUUCCUGUCCAAGCUGCCACACUAAAGUUUACUGUAGUGUCAGUAAGUCCAAUUUUAGAAGUGAAGUUUGAUACUUCACCAUAAAGGAUGUUUCCAGAGUUAGUCCAGAGGCCAGGCUAAACACAAACAGGGACCAUGUUUUAUAGGAGUUGUGCUUGUAAUGCUUUAUAGUCCAAAAAAGUCAAUGGUAUCCAGGGUUUAGAUAAUGACAGACUGUCAUUACGGGUGCUCUGUGACAUUUUAAGACAUUUUCCGUUACCUUGGGUAUCUUAUCUUUGCAGAGAGGCCUCACACGUACUCUCGGCUUAAUGUGAGCACUUUAUAGACGAUUGUGUCAAAGACAGAGAAGAAAUUAGACAUUUCAAAAUAAAGCUACACUUCUGCAUUACAGCGUACUGUACGUUGGGCAUAAAAAGCGAAGGCUUUCAUGUGAUGGAGAGGAAUGAGUGCAGAAGCAGCGAUUAAGAAGAAGACAGGACAGUACUAAGGUGGUGACGUUUCUCUUCCUGUGCUCUAUAUUAUUAUUUGUUUACAUUUUUAAGUAUUAAACAGCUGUUUAAGUCUGUUACUCAUUGUGUAUAGUUAUUCUUUGCAUUAAUAAAGAAAUUCAUACAUUUUGAAAAAAAAAAAAA